AAAAAGAGUAAAACAAAAGAGUCCCAGCCUUGUUCCUCCAUCUAGACUUUUGUUGAGACAAAUAGUGACCACGUUGCUUCCUUCUUCUUCCAGAUCUAAAUCUGCAAACCCUAAUCAUCUCCAUCUUCCUAAUAAUCAAUCAAUUAAUCAAUCCGCCAUGGAUCUACCUCCAGACGAGCUCCAAUUCCUCUCCGCAACCGACAUCCUGAAAGAAUCCAUCUCCAUCCCCAAACAAUCCCCCCGCACCUUCUACCUCAUAACCUUAACCCUCAUUUUCCCCUUAUCAUUCGCCAUUUUAGCCCACUCUCUCUUCACCCACCCCUUAAUCACCCAAAUCCAAGACCCCUACGGCUCCCACACCUCCCAGUGGACCAAACUCCUCAUCUUCCAGUUCUGUUACCUCAUCUUCCUCUUCAUUUUCUCUCUCCUCUCAACUGCCGCCGUUGUCUUCACUGUAGCAUCUUUGUACACUUCCAAACCGGUGUCCUUUUCAUCUACUCUUUCUGCUAUCCCCUUGGUCUUUAAACGCCUCUUUGUUACCUUUCUAUGGGUGGGUUUGGUUAUGGUUGUGUAUAAUGUUGUCUUUCUAGGGUUUGUUGUCUUGUUGAUAAUUGCCAUUGAUACGCAGAAUGUUGUCUUGUUUUUUUUCUCUUUGAUUGUUGUGUUUGUCUUGUUUCUAAUAGUGCAUGUGUAUAUUACUGCCUUGUGGCAUUUGGCGAGUGUGGUGUCGGUUGUGGAGCCGGUUUAUGGGUUUGCCGCGAUGAGGAAGAGUUUUGAGAUUUUGAAAGGGAGGGCGCGGAUGGCAUCAGUGCUUGUGUUUGGGUAUUUUGUGAUCUGUGGGGCGAUUAAUGGGUUGUUUGGGGCGAUUGUGGUGCAUGGUGGGGAGUAUGAUUAUGGAGUGUUUUCAAGGAUUGUUGUUGGGGGGUUCUUGGUUGGGGUUUUGGUGAUUGUGAAUUUGGUUGGGUUUUUGGUGCAGAGUGUGUUUUACUAUGUGUGUAAAAGCUAUCAUCAUCAAGGGAUUGAUAAGAAUGCCUUGUAUGAUCAUUUGGGUGGUUAUCUUGGGGAGUAUGUGCCUCUUAAAAGCAGCAUUCAGAUGGAAGAUUUGGAAUAAUGCCACUCGGUUACUAAGACACUCAACAUCAGCACGUUCCAUUUUAUGGGUCCCACUUUUCUAUAUGUUGGCGCAUCCUAUCUAGCAAAGUUGGAGAAGGAUCAGUAGGAGUGUUCAUUUUGUUGUUCUGUAAUGUACAUCUGUAAUAAUCUUGGUGUCCAUUGUAAUAUACACAGUUUCUUUUGCGUCAGGAAAGAUUAUGUCACAACGUUCUUGUUUGACAAGGUAAAUCGUUCAGAAUACUUGUGUUUAUCUGUCUUACUCACGUUUUGUGUUCAUUAUUAUUACACUUGUUUUGAAUUUGAA